AUGGCGGCCGGCGAGGAGAAGCGGCACCUGCUGACCGAGGGUGCAGCCAGGUCCUACCUGGGGACGGUGCAGGAGGACGGGCACAGCUCGCCGCAGGGCCAGGCGCCCGCCCUGGAGCUGGGCACGCGGCGCCGCCGGCACUGCCACGCGCCGGGGGCCGCCGACCACCCCGGGCAGCAGCAGCGGGCACGCAGGAAGCUCUACGUGGCCGCCGGCAUCUGCCUCGUCUUCAUGGUGGGGGAAGCCGUGGGCGGGUACCUGGCGCACAGCCUGGCCAUCCUGACGGAUGCUGCCCACCUCCUGACGGACUUUGCCAGCGUCAUGAUCAGCCUCUUCGCCCUCUGGGUGUCCUCGCGCCCCGCCACCAAAACCAUGAACUUCGGCUGGCACCGGGCAGAGAUCCUGGGGGCCUUGCUCUCCGUGCUCUCCAUCUGGGUGGUGACGGGCGUCCUGGUGUACCUGGCGGCCCAGCGCCUGCUCUCGGCCGACUACGACAUCGAGGGCGGCGUCAUGCUCAUCACCUCCGCCUGCGCCGUGGCCGUCAACAUCGUGAUGGGGGUGGCUCUGCACCAGACGGGGCACGGGCACAGCCACGGAGCGCCGGGCGAGCAGCCCAACGCCAGCGUCCGCGCCGCCUUCGUCCACGUUGUGGGGGACCUGCUGCAGAGCGUCGGCGUCCUCGUCGCGUCCUACAUCAUCUUCUUUAAGCCCGAGUACAAGUACGUGGAUCCCAUCUGCACCUUCCUCUUCUCCGCGCUGGUGCUGGGGACAACGCUGACCAUCCUCCGCGACGUCCUCCUCGUCCUCAUGGAAGGCACCCCCAGGGGCAUGGACUUCAACGCCGUGCGGGAGACGCUGCUGGCGGUGGGCGGCGUGGAGGCCGUGCACAGCCUCCACAUCUGGGCGCUGACGGCAGCGCAGCCGCUGCUCUCGGUGCACAUCGCCAUCAACGCGGGCGCCAACGCGCAGGAGGUGCUGGAGGAGGCCAGCUCGCGGCUGCAGCACGCCUUCCGCUUCCACACCACCACCAUCCAGAUCGAGAGCUACUCCGAGGACAUGCGGGACUGCCGCGAGUGCCAGCCCCCCCGUGACUGAGCCCCCCUGAGUCCCAGUGACCCCGUCCCGCUCCUAUGAACUUUUAACAGGAGGCAAAUAAACCAGAGCAAACGGUGGCCCCGCGGGGGACGGCCGCGCCGAUGGAC